GGCCGGUGCGAUGGCUGCAGUGGACUGUAUCCUUAAGCUAGGAGGCAGUGCGUUGACGCAGAAAAACCAGCUGGAGACGCUGAAAGCAGACUCCCUGCAGAGGGCGGCGGCUAUUGUAUCCAAGCUCCGCGGGGCUGGAGAGAGGCGGUGCAUUGUCGUGCACGGUGCAGGCUCCUUUGGGCAUUUCCAAGCAAAAGAAAAUGAUGUUGCCUCUGGGGCACCGGCAGGAUCAGCUGCAAGUGACAAUUUGAGACGAGGACUGUGCUUGACCAGGCUUUCUGUCACCAAGUUGAACCAUCUGGUGACGGAACAAUUGGUAAGCUGUGGAGUUCCAGCAGUGGGCAUUUCACCUUUUGGAUCCUGGAAGACGGCAUGCAAGAAUGUCAGCCAGGCUGGUAUUGAGGCAGUGAAGGAUGUUUUAGAUGCAGGUUACGUCCCAGUUUUACACGGCGACUGUGCUUUGGACUUGGAACAGCACUGCUGCAUCUUAUCUGGCGAUACAAUCAUUGAGGUUCUGGCUAUGAAGUUCUUUCCUAGGCGAGUUGUGUUUCUCACAGAUGUCAGCGGAAUUUAUAGCUGCCCACCUGACACUCCAGGUGCUCAGCUUGUGGAUUCCAUUGUCAUUGGCCCUGAUGAGAAUAUGGAGCCACCUGUGCUCACAUCGGUGCUGCCGCAUGACACUACUGGCGGUGUGUCCUUGAAGUUACAGACGGCUGUAAAAAUAGUUUCUCAGAGCCGUGGAGCCAUUCCAGUUCUGAUCUGCAAACUGGACAGUGAAGCAGCCGAAAGGGCUUGUCUGACUGGGGAGAUGAAUGGCGGCGAAGGCACAAAGAUUUCCUUCUUUGAAAGGUGACGACUUCUCGGCAAGAGCCUUGAACUAGGCAGAAGAAGGGUUUCACCGAGGCAGUACCAUUUGGACAGCAGAAUCUGUUCUGUAAUUUACACUUGACUGUCACAAUCAAUUCCAGAUACCUUAAACUAAAUUUAGGAUCCACUGUUAAUAUUUUAGGAUUGAACUGGGUGGCGGCAGAGAACCCAGAACUCAUGCUGACCUUCUUCUGAAGAGGUAUAUAAUAAAGCUACAUGGCACAUAGCAGACUUUCAGGUAGCCUCCUGGAACUAGGAACAGUCUUUUCAAUGCUGGCUUAAUAAACAAAAGGUAGACAGGUGAUAAAUAUUUAUAAAGAAGGGCAUUUUUCGGUUCGUUCUUUUUGCAAUCCUCCUCCUCAGAAAAUACUAAAGCAAAAUAUUGAGAACUCAUUUCAGAUGUCAACAGCCUCAGUCCUUGAAUGGUUUGCAAUUGAAAUCAGCAUGACCGCUCUGGCUGCAGCAGACUUAGAAAUGUUGAGGCUUUGCUGUCCCAUUGUCCCAUAUCCAGAUAUGUUUUUCUUUCCUCUCACCACCCCGGCCUGAUGCAUACACUGCCAGAAAGAAUCACUGCAGCCACAGAGUUUCAUCAUGCAUACUGUCCUUUCGUUCACAUUACUUCCUGUCUGCCUAGUGCUAUGCAACUCUCUGCCAAACCUUGAGAGGCCCAUGGGAUGGCCCUGAACAACCAUUAAAGAAUUAGCCAAUGAAUCUAUGAAAUCAUAUUACUAUUAAGAUAAAACUGGCAACAUAAAAACAGUUCCAAAUAGUCAAAAUAGAAAUAAGAAGCAAACUCGAUGAUGAUGAUGAUGCCCUGAACCAAAAUUGUAGCAGUUUGGGCUGCUUCUGUUCAUGGUUCCAUUCCAUUCCCCAAUCUGUUUACCUUCUCCCACCUACAGCAGUCAAUCAGUGUCCCUUGUCCACUGAGCAUGUUCAGUCCUCAUUGGUCUUUGUGGGGCAUUCUCUAUAUUGGGUUUGUUUUCUUGGGUGUGGUGGAAUGGACACACUUGUGCCCAAUCACAGCAACAUUAAAAUCUUGGUCUUCUCCAUUGAUCUCUAUGGGCAGGUCUGAGUUCCAUCCCUGGGGACAUCUUAAAAUAGCUACUCAGUAUGAACCAGGAAGUAAUGUAUCCAAACAAUGUCUGCUGAGCCAAUGUGAAAUAGUACAUGUAGGCCUUAGCUAGACUGGGCGAAAUCCCGGUGCGAUCACCGGGAUCGUCCCUGUGCAUCCACACGAUGCACAGGAGAUCCCUGGAUCAGGGAGGGAUGAUCCCUUCCUUGCCCCAGGAUCGUGCCCUCGCCUUUGAGCCUGGUUUUUCUAUGGUCUCAGGAUGAUCCUG